GGCGGGGCCGGGCGGGGCGGGGCCUGCGCCGAGGCGGGCGGGCGGAGAGGCGCGGCGCGGAGUCCCGUUAGAAGCAGCGCGGAGCCCGCGGAGAGCCCUACCGACGCAGGAGGAGCGACCUGCCGUGCCCAGUCCGCCGGGAAGAUGCCGAAAACGAUCAGUGUGCGUGUUACCACCAUGGAUGCUGAGCUGGAGUUUGCCAUCCAGCCCAACACUACAGGGAAGCAACUCUUUGAUCAGGUUGUCAAGACAAUUGGCCUAAGAGAGGUCUGGUUUUUUGGACUUCAGUAUCAGGACACCAAGGGCUUCUCAACAUGGCUGAAAUUGAACAAAAAGGUAACAGCACAGGAUGUACGCAAAGAAAGCCCCCUGCUUUUCAAAUUCCGUGCCAAAUUCUACCCGGAGGAUGUAGCAGAAGAGCUGAUCCAGGAUAUCACGCAGCGCCUUUUCUUCCUCCAAGUGAAGGAGGCAAUUCUGAAUGAUGACAUUUAUUGCCCUCCAGAAACAGCUGUCCUUCUGGCUUCUUAUGCUGUCCAGUCAAAAUAUGGAGACUUCAACAAAGAGGUGCACAAGUCUGGCUACCUUGCUAGUGACAAACUGCUCCCACAGAGAGUUCUGGAGCAGCAUAAACUUAACAAGGACCAAUGGGAGGAGAGGAUCCAGGUGUGGCAUGAGGAACAUCGAGGAAUGAUUAGAGAAGAUGCUGUCUUGGAGUACCUGAAAAUUGCACAGGAUCUGGAAAUGUAUGGUGUGAACUACUUCAGCAUUAAAAACAAGAAGGGCUCUGAACUCUGGCUAGGUGUAGAUGCUCUGGGACUCAACAUCUAUGAGCAGAAUGACAGGUUAACACCAAAAAUUGGAUUCCCUUGGAGCGAGAUCAGAAAUAUCUCAUUCAAUGACAAGAAGUUUGUUAUCAAGCCUAUCGACAAGAAAGCACCAGACUUUGUAUUCUAUGCCCCUCGAUUACGGAUUAACAAACGAAUCUUGGCACUCUGCAUGGGGAACCAUGAGCUCUACAUGCGCAGGCGUAAACCAGAUACCAUUGAGGUGCAACAGAUGAAAGCACAGGCUCGGGAGGAGAAGCAUCAGAAACAGAUGGAGAGAGCCCUGCUGGAGAAUGAGAAGAAGAAGAGGGAGUUGGCAGAAAAGGAGAAGGAGAAGAUUGAACGUGAGAAGGAGGAGCUAAUGGAGAGACUCAAGCAAAUUGAGGAGCAAACCAAGAAAGCUCAGCAAGAACUGGAAGAACAGACCCGCAGAGCUAUGGAGCUGGAACAGGAGAGAAAACGAGCUCAGGAGGAAGCAGAGAAACUGGCUAAAGAACGUAGAGAAGCAGAAGAGGCAAAGGAGGCCCUAUUGAAAGCAUCCCAUGAUCAACAGAAGACCCAGGAACAGCUGGCUUCUGAGAUGGCAGAACUCACGGCUAGGAUCUCGCAGCUGGAGCUGGCCAGGCAGAAGAAGGAGAGCGAGGCUCAGGAGUGGCAACAGAAGGCACAGAUGGUACAGGAGGACCUAGAAAGGACCAAAGAGGAGUUGAAGACUGCCAUGAGCACCCCUCACGUCACUGAGCCCAUGCACUCUGAGAACGAGCAUGAUGAUGAGCAGGAUGAGAAUGCGGCAGAAGCCAGUGCUGAGCUACGAUCGGAGGCCACCAUCAAGGACCGCAGUGAGGAGGAGCGCACCACCGAAGCAGAGAAGAAUGAACGGGUCCAGAAACACUUGAAGGCGCUGUCCUCAGAGCUGGCAAAUGCUCGGGAUGAAACCAAGAAGACAGCCAAUGAUAUGAUCCAUGCAGAGAACAUGCGCCUGGGACGAGACAAGUACAAGACCCUCCGUCAGAUUCGGCAGGGCAACACCAAGCAGCGCAUUGAUGAGUUUGAGUCCAUGUAAACUCUCCCCUGCAACUGCUGCCCUGCACUCUCUUUUCCCCUUUCUCCCAUCAUUCACUUGUAAUCGUGCUACGCUGGAACCACUACAGAAGAGUGACCAUGGUCUUAUUUAUCGAGUUUUGGGCAAAUGCUGGAGUUGAGCAACAGAAGAAAGAAUAGUAUUUACAUCUUCCUGGGGUGGCUUGGGAAAACAAACAUGAUGUGGGGCAAAUCUGAAAUUGUUUGGCUUUGG